GUCUCUUGCCCAACGAACAAUCUUAAUGAAACAAUGAAUAUUUCAUUAUCUUCCCUCCUUCCCCAUCUUACUACGUGUCCCAUACGACCCCUUUCCUCUUUUUUCUCCUCCUCUUCUUCUUCUCUCCUUUCUCUCACCCCUCUCACACGCAGAGAAAGAGUGUCUUAAUUUAAAGACCAACUUCUUUCUUUCUUUUUCCUAAUAUUUCUCUUUCCUAUUUUUCCUACAAUAUAACAUUACCGUCAUUUUGGAGGGUCCAAUUAAUCAAGGUUGGCUUAUUAUUAUUCACUUUUUCCCUCCCUCCCUCCUCCUCUAUUUCAUUCUUCUCUAAUUUCAGCACUAUUUCAACAUCAUCAUCAUCAUACUUCAUGCUUAAAUAACCCCUCAUUAUCUAUCUAUAUAUAUAUACUUACUCGAGCUCAAUUAGCUCAAACCACAUUUUUCUUUGUAAACAAUUUUUGUGUUUUUCAUUAGGAGGGAAAGUUAUUUAAUUUACAUAUUUAUGAGCGUAAGAAAAAAUAUGGGUAAAGCUAGAUCGGCUAUACUACUAACAGGAAGAGCCAUUAACGAAGGAUUAAGCUUCAUAGUGUUUACAUUGCUUGAUCUUCUAGAUUUCAUCUUAUGCCUUGUUUUUAAGAUAGCUGAUUUCGUAUUCGAGGCGGAGUGGAAGCCGUGCUACUGCUGCUCCUCCUCCGCCAAACAGGCUAUGGCCGUGACUAGCUCAGAUAAGAUCUUAGUAUCGGAGAAAGGCCAAUCUACUAAAAUUGUCCGCCUUACAUCUACCAAGCUUCAGCUUGAAGAUGUUUCGGACACACUUUAUACUCGUCCUUCUUUAGUGUCCGAGAUCUCUAAAACUACCGUCAGUGAAUUUAAGCGUCUUAAUAGGCUUGAUUCCAAUGCGGCGUGCCAAAGCCACAGCCAUCACCAUAACCAUCACCACCACCACCAUCACCAGCAGCAUUCUUCUUCGGUUAAGAAAGGCGCGGGUAGUACCACUUUUACGGUAAAUUCUACCAUUGUUGAGAUGCUUCAAGGUAGGAUCGGUGGCCAACAAUCGUUCCCUAUACCGAGAUGGUCUGAUUGUGAUUGUUCCACUUGUUGUUCUUGGACUUCCUCUUCUAAGGAUUCUCUCUUUGUUCAUGUCGAUGGUGCUAAACCUGGAGACAGGGCAACAGAGGAUGUGUUGUUUUUACAUGGAUUUAUAUCAUCAUCAAAGUUUUGGACAGAAACUGUUUUCCCAAAUUUAACAGCAGCAACAAAGUCUAAGUACCGAUUAUUUGCGGUGGAUUUGCUGGGGUUUGGAAGGAGUCCCAAGCCAGCGGAUUCACUUUACACUCUAAGAGAGCACGUCGAAAUGAUUGAACGUUCAGUGUUGGAAAAUCACAGAGUUAAAUCCUUCCACAUUGUCGCACAUUCUCUUGGCUGCAUCUUGGCUCUUGCUCUUGCUGUUCGUCAUCCCACUAAAAUCAAAUCUCUCACCCUAAUUGCUCCGCCAUAUUUCCCGGUACCCAAAGGAGAGCAAGCAACACAAUAUGUACUAAGGAGAGUAGCGCCGCGACGAGUAUGGCCACCCAUAGCUUUGGGAUCAUCCAUAGCAUGCUGGUAUGAGCAUAUUUCUCGGACAGUUUGCUUGCUUAUUUGCAAGAAUCAUCGAAUGUGGGAAUUUCUUGCCAAACUCAUCACCCGAAAUAGGAUACGAACGUAUCUACUGGAAGGUUUCUGGUGCCACACCCAUAACGCAGCUUGGCACACCUUGCACAAUAUAAUCUGCGGAACAGCAAGCAAGCUUGAUAAAUACCUUGAUGUGGUUAGUGAUCGGCUUAAAUGUAAUGUGAGCAUAUUUCACGGAAGAGAUGAUGAGGUCCUUCCCAUCGAGUGCAGCUACAAUGUUCAAACCAAAAUUCCUCGCGCACAAGUAAAGAUAUUAGAUAACAAGGAUCAUAUCACCAUUGUUGUUGGCCGUCAAAAGGCUUUCGCUCGGGAGCUUGAGGCUAUUUGGACUACUUCAUCAUCUUCAAGUGGUUAGUUAAUUAAUCAAGAUCAAGGACUAUUCUUCAAGUUUGAACAGCACAUACAUAUAUAUAUAUAUAUAUAUAUAAGUUCCCACAAGUUUUCUCAUCUUCCUUUCUAGUAGGAGGGAAAAAGGAGAAAUGAUCAUUUUAACUACUCUAGAUUUUAUUAAGAUUUCCCUUCAUUCUAGGGCAAUUCUUCUUCUCCAUUUUGAUCAAAAAAAAAAAAAAAAAAAAAGUGUCAACUCCUACUAAGGCAGGAGAUGUCAAAUUAUUGCCCAUUCACAAUAGGGUGUGCAUUGUUAAUUGCCUAUAGUGUUUAAGCCUUAAGCUCAUUACUCAUAAACUUAGAUUGUUGAGUUGAUCAUAAGACAAAUUGUGAAUCCAUCUCCUCAUCAGUGCAAUUCUCUACAUAUAUACAUAUAAUUAAGAUGUAAUAUUUCCUAUCCAUUUCAAAAAGUUGUGGUCCUUAGGUUUCGUUUUGCUUAA